GAAAUGAAAAAUUAUAUUUAAAAAAUUAAGGUUGUUUAUUUGCCUUUCCUUCUUAUUGUGGCUUUAACCUGUGAUUUUCACAGCAAAAAUGGAUGUCCUGUGUCUGGUGGCGUUAUUGUUUGUUGGAGCGAUUGCCCGUCCAGAAAAUGGCUGGCAAAGUCAGCAAGGUCCUGGACCAGUGGGAGGAGGUCCUGGACCAGUGGGAGGAGGAUCUGGACCAAUGAGAGGAGGAUCUGGACCAAUGGGAGGAGGAAAAGGGCCAAUGCAAGGAGGCACUAGACCAAUGGGAGGAGGCUCUAGACCAAUGGGAGGAGGAUCUGGGCCAAUGGGUGGAGGUCCUGGACCAAUGGGUGGAGGAUCUGGACCAAUGAGAGGAGGUUCUGGACCAAUGGGAGGAGGAUCUGGGCCAAUGGGUGGAGGAUCUGGGCCAAUGGGUGGAGGUCCUGGGCCAAUGGGAAGACGUCCUUGGCCAAUGAGAGAGGGUCCUGGGCCAAAGGGAGGACGUUAUAGGCCAAAGAAUGAAAGUUCUGAGCUAAUGAGAGAACGUCAUAGGCCAAAGAAUGAAAGUUCUGAGCUAAUGAGAGAACGUCAUAGGCCAAAGAAUAAUGGUUCUGGACGACUGGAUGGAAGAGGGUCUCAGCCUCCAGUUGUGCCUGGUCUGAUGAAGGCAGAUCUUGACCAAUCCAAAGGACCAUUUGAUAACGGGAAUUCUCAGGGUGUACCUGACAGUAAGGAUGUGGAACCAGACUUCCCAGGCUGGCCAAGAAGUGAUUUUGGAUCUGUGGGGCCUUUAGAUUACGCCGCACACAGAGGAGGACCACAUGGAGGAGGACCACAUGGAGGAGGACCACAUGGAGGACGAAGACCAUCCAAUCCCAACACACAGUUCAUCCCGAUUUUCAAGGCGGACAAUAUAACACUCCAGGGUCUCAAUGUCACUCUGCCCCUGAAAGAGGGGGAAAAUAUUUUCAUCUUACCAACAAUCCGAGGAUUGCCACAGAUGGAUAUGAAUGCUCCUCAGGAGUUUGCGUAUGGAGGAGGCAUGUUUGGUGCUCAGCCCUACAUGAGGGUCGUCUACAACCCCAGAGCUACCCAAAAGAUAUCAUUUGAAUACGGAGUUAUGCAAUUGCUUCCAUCCUUCCUGAAGGCUGAAUCAGGAAGUAAUGAAGAUACACCGGUAUAGAACGAAAGACAAAUCUGCAUUCGACACGACUGUGAAGGAAAACAGAGAUCAUCAAUUACUACGCCGUUAACGACUUUAACGCCUUUUGGGAUCAUGUAGGAGUGUGUGUGUGUGUGUGUGUGUGUGUGUAGAUGUGUGUACGGGUGUAGUGGGCUUCUUUAGUCAUUAAAUAUCUGUAAUGAUUGUUAUCAUUCAUUAAACACGUCAG